AUGGCAGACACAAGUUCCUGCGCUGCCGAUGACAGCACGAGAGUCGCUUCUACCCGAAAGUCGAAGAAAUCACGAGCUGCUACAGGCACGGAGCUCCGUCGACAGCGGAAUCGGGAGCACCAGGCUCGGUACAAGACCAAGCAGAAAAACAGAGUGCUGGACCUCGAGAAUGGAAUUGAGCGGCUUCAGCAAGAGAUCCAAGAGCUCAAACUGCAGCGCCAGAUCAUCUCCAUCGGAGUGCCUGGAAGACAGACGAAGUGGGGUGUAGCGGCCGAGUACUUCAGGCUGUUUCGGAACGGUCUGCGAGCGCCGAGCAGGAUGAAUCUCCCUGUUGGCACGGUGGCUGCAGAAUUUCCGGUGCAGCGGCAUUUCCUGCAGACUACCAUGACCUCCGACGUCGUCGGGUCUUUAGGGUGCGGCGUGGACGCGUUGCUGCAGAACUGGAGGCUCAUCACGCUCUGCCACCCGGAUGUCGAUAUCCAACUCAUGCGGUUACAAGCCGGCCCUGGGGAGCGUGUGGUGGCGUAUACCAGAGGAACUCACACGAUCACGGAAGACACGCUUCGCUAUGCGUUCCCGCACUUGAAUGAUGGUUCCAACGACUCCGCGUGGCUCGCGUCCAGACUCUUGGGUUACAAGUUGGUGAUUAAUGGCUGCACGCACUUGCUGUGGGAUGCAGACGCAGGCCGCAUGAUCAGCAUCCAGUACACUGCGGAUAUACUCACUCCGAUGCUGCAACUGCUGGGUAACUUGGACGAAGUUUCCAAGCUGUUUUCAAAGGCUCGGGUGAACCCGCAGUGUAGAUUUUGUGGCAUGAGCCUAGCUAUCUUUGCAGGUAGAAUCUCCAAAGGGUUUCGCGCCGGAAACCAUUGCUGUCGUAUGCAAACCAUACCAUUUGAGCAAACGUUAUACAUGCUAUUUCACUUAUCCAUUAGGUUUGUAUUUUCUAGUCAAGAUUGA